AUGCCAAAGCCAGAGAUGAAGAGAGUAGAAGUAAAAUGCUACAGCUCUUCCAAAUCAAACAUCAAAUGCCUUCUCAAAUUGAAAGAAAAGGAGGUAGCAGUUCCCAUUGAAGCAACAUCCCUAAGAGGUACAUUGAGGAAUAUCAAAAUAACGUUGCUGGACCCUAUAGACACAAUCAAUGAAGAGGGAAAAAGGAUAACAUUAUCUCCUGGAAGCCCAUCAACGCCAGGUGGGAGGGCAAAAGAAACAGAGAUAUGGGAAAGAUCAGCAUCCAUACAGUCCCUGAACGAGGUCAUAGAUGGAGUAAAAACUACCCAAAUGCAAGAGAUAUCAAACACCAUAAACAAUAGAAACCAGAUAAAAGAAUUGGAAAACAUUGUAAACAAACUGAUAUCGUUCAUGUCAAAGAAAUACCCUAGAAUCCUAGCAAAGGUGUUUGGGGGAGAGUACAAGACCAAAUGGAUGAAUGAUGAAAUAUUGGGGUGGUGA